CACAAGCCAUCGGAGCUCCAAGGUCAUCGCACGCAAUAUUUGUCAAAAGAGAGGAGUCCAAGCUGUGCAUCACUACGUCAGAAAAAUGGGCCGCGUAUUUACUGUACACUGAAGUCGAAGAAAGAUUUGCUGCGUACUCCUCCAUUACUGAAUCGGUCAACCAAGAAGCGAAACCUGCUUUUGAAAUGCCUCUUUUUGCAUUUGUCUGCCGGUAGACGCUUGCGAUCCAUUCGUAGAAAGGUCGAUAAACCACGAUGA